AUGGCAUCCGUCAUCAGAUGGGCUCUUGGACUCCCUUCAGAAGCCGCCAGUGAAGAAAAGACCCGCAGAGGACUCCCGGCGGUGUGGUACCGGAGUCCAGGAAUGUACGAGCUUGAGCGUCGAGCAAUAUUCUCAAAAAAAUGGAUCAUGGUGACGCAUAAGAAUCGACUUAAGCAAGCUGGUGAUUAUAUCCGCAUCACAGAGGCAGGCUUUGCUUUCAUCCUCGUCCUGGAUCGCCAGGGAACGAUUGGCGGGUUUCAUAACAUCUGCAGGCACAGAGGAUUUCCGUUGAUCCACGAUGAAGCCGGAAACACCAAGAUUCUGUCUUGCAAGUACCACGGCUGGUCGUACGGCAUUAACGGAAACCUCGCCAAAGCACCUCAUCUGGAGACCCUUCCUGACUUUCGGAAAGAGGACAAUUCCCUCCUUCCGGUCCACGUUCAUGUCGACGACCUUGGCUUUCUAUGGGUGAACCUGGAGGCCACCGAAGAGCCCACCACUUCUUGGGAAGCGCAGUUUCCUGGAGUCCACAGGCACCCACGGUUUGAUGCUUACAACUUUUCCGAGUACACAUUUGACCAUACGUGGGGGAUGCAAGGCGACUACAAUUGGAAGACUCUGGCCGACAACUACAACGAAUGCCUGCACUGUCGUACGGCACAUCCCGACACCGCUGGGGUGGUGGACAUAUCUGUCUAUCGGGUGGAAGGUGUGGCAGGGAGCUUGCAACAUUUUAACAAACGACAGGAACAAAAUCAGAACAAUAUCGUCGUCAACAGCACAUACUACUACCCCAAUGCCUGUAUGACGGUCACGCCUCAUUUCUUCUAUCUGAUGCGCUGCGUUCCCACCUCCGCCACGACGUGCUCGAUGGAGUACGAAGUAUAUCGCCACAAGGAUGCUUCAGAUGAAGAAUUCGAUAAAAUCGAUCAAAUGUACAAGCGGGUGCUCACGGAGGACAAGUGGUUGUGUAAUAAUACGCAGCUCAAUUUGAACUCUGGUGUUUAUCUCAAUGGUCAGAUGCAUCCACAAUACGAGUAUGGACCGCUGUACUUCCAGUCCCUCGUGCGCCAAGCCGUGACAGAGCAUAAGAAGCUGGAGGACAAGAUGAAAACAGAGAUCUGGCCAGCAUCGCAAAGGGUGGCUCCGGGGUCCGGCACCUAUGAAGAUGCCGCAUUUUGUUCUGGUCUGGCCUGUAGCCCUGAGAAGAAAUCAGCGAGAAUCGCCCAGGCGCAUCGACACUCCCCUAUCCACCACAGCGAGAAGCAACGCUACAUUUCCCAGCUCAUCUGUCACGCAGAGGCAGCCAACAUUCUACUCAAGGCAAGCUCCGAUGCGCGAGUAGUGACGCCGCUGACUCGCAAAAGCAUCCGGCCGUCUCGAGAGGUUGUCAGUCAAGCGAUUGGAAUCUAUUUCGAUUGCUGUCACCGGCAGCCGCUCUGGCUUUUCGACCCGGGCGAUUCGACUUCUCUAUCUCCAGAUUCCAACGAGGAACUCAUCUUCGCUGUCCUGUCUCUGAGCACGCAAUAUAAGCCCGACCGGUUCGCAAGCGGCCAAGUCCAGAGCGCCCAUGCCUACGGCGACGCAGCACGUAGCCUGGUCAUGCUGAGAAUCACCAAUGCCAGCACCAGCCUCCCCACGCUUCAAGCGCUGACCCUCCUCGCCUUCUACUAUCUCGUCUGUGAUGACCUGGCCCUUGCGGCCUUCCACGCGACGCUCGUGAGGAGCCUCCUGCAGUGCUGCGGCCUUGAUCUAGGCGCCUCUACAGCGAGAACGGUGGGUGAAGAGCAACGCCAGAAGCUCUUCUGGAGCGUUUUUCUGUUAGACUCGAUGUGUGGCUUACCACUGAGGGUGCCAUCCAUCAUCGACGAUGUCGGCAAACCUCGUUUUCUGGCCAUUCGAGGAAUGUUGCAGCAUACCUCGACCGCGUGCCCGGAGCUCCCCAAAGACAAAGAGUCAUACACUGAGCAGGACGAGAGGUGCUUUGGCAUGUGGGCACACAUGGUGAGGAUGGCAAGCGUGUGGGGCGAAGUACGAGUCUUCGUUUCCAGAUGCACAGACGGACAGAUAAAAGCGCCAUGGCACUCCGACUCGGAGUACGCGCAGAUUAAUGCACAGCUUCUGGACAUGGAAACCACCAUCCCUUCCUUCUACCGCUAUGAUGUCGCCAAAUUUCCAGAACGCGACGAAGCCGAGAUCGUCGAAAAGAAAGCCUUUUGGCUCCCUUGGGUGCGCCUCCAGAUUACCUACCAUACCAUUCACUCGGUCAUCAACCACCCAUUCCUGUACUCAUCCAAGGCAUCGAUGCCGAGACCUGGUGCGAACGCUUUCUGGCGCACCUCUUCUGAGUUGGCAUUACUACACAGUACUUGGAUCGCUCGGCUCAUUGGAAUGGCAACCAAUAAAGGCUUGGAACUGGCCGAUCCCUUCUUCGCUCACUCUGCAGCCGUAGCGGCAACCCUGCAUUCCUACUGGGCUCGUGCCUCGGACGGGAGAAUACGGGGACCUGCUGUCAGGAAUCUUCAGCUGUGCAGGUCUUUUAUCAGCGACAUUGGCGCCCACUGGCGGCUCUGUCGAUCUAUCGAAGACACACUGGACCAGUUGAUCAGCCUCGCCCUUCCCACUGCCCAGCAACAACAGGGUCAAUCCACGAGCAUUACGACAAACACCGCGCUGAUGCAGAAGAUCCUGGACUUUGCGGCACCUCAAGGCUCUUCAUUCUCGGGCGAAGGACUGUUCCAUUCAGACUUCGUGGGACACGUACGAUCCCGACGUGCUAGCUGGGAGGAUACCACCGUGGUGAAUCCAGAUAUACAUGCCAUGCCAUCAGACGUCCACAACACUACAGGGCACUAUGCCCCGCCGCCAGAUUGGUUCUCGCCGCAGCCCGCAGCACCGACGUCGGCAGGGCUCAUCGAGGAAAUCGCCGGGUCGCCACCGGAGGCCCAGGCAGAGCAGGCUGAAGCAGCACGGGCGGAGAAUCAGCAGCGAUGGCAAAUCGAAAACCUUCCAGAGUUGUCCAACUGGUCGUGGGGACCAGACGAUGCGAACAUUACCUACGAUCCGUGGACACAGUUCUAUGAUCGCAGCGGACCCAAUUCGGGCUGGUGGGAUUUUGGAAACUUGUAA